AUGCCAGGACAUGUCGCCGAUUCAGCGAUAGCUGGCGACCAUGCUAUCGAAUAUGGACCAGCUGGAUAUAAGGGCUUUCUCAAAGAAAUCCGCAUUUUCGGAUUAGCAUGUUUUGCUACGAUUGGAGGCUUUCUCUUCGGCUAUGACCAAGGGAUUAUUUCCGGCGUGCUAGUCAUGCAUAGCUUUAAAAAUCAUUUUCCCAACCUUUCCUCCGACGCCGGUCUCGAAGGAUGGGUUGUUUCGAUUAUGACCCUCGGCGCUAUGGUCGGCGCGUUCAUCAAUGGGCCUAUGUCGGACCGCUUCUCCAGACGCUGGUCAAUUUUGAUCGCAAAUAUCGUUUUCCUGAUCGGCUCAGCGAUACAGGCAGCAGCGGAAAAUGUUGCUAUGUUAUUUGUUGGCCGAUUUAUCUUCGGUGUGGGUGUUGGUAUGUUGGCAAUGGUUUGUCCGCUUUAUCUUUCCGAGCUUGCGCCCCCAAAUAUUCGGGGAUCUUUGGUUGCAUUGCAGCAGCUAUCGAUAACUUUUGGUAUUAUGACCAGCUUCUGGAUCAACUAUGGCACUCAAUAUAUUGGGGGUACUGGUGUCGGUCAAAGCCAGGCGGCUUGGAGACUACCACUUGCGCUACAAUGUUUUCCAUCUAUAAUCCUUGCUACCGGCACAUUUUUCUUGCCGUACAGUCCACGAUGGUUGAUGAAUCAGGGCCGAGAAGAUGAAGCUUUGCGUACGUUGGUAAAGUUGCGACGCGUCCCCGAGACAGACCAUCGUCUACAAACAGAGUUCCUUGAAAUCAAAGCGGCUCGCAUGUUCGACGAACAAAUUAGAGACGAGAAGUUUGGCAAAAACUCGUCCAGAUUCAAGGUGGCGCUUCAAGAAUAUAAGGAACUAUUUGUCGCACCUCAUCUGAGAAGGAGAACUAUGGUUGCAUGUCUUUUACAGGUGAUUCAGCAAUUUACAGGAAUCAAUGCCAUCAUUUACUACGCACCACAAUUCUUCGAAGCAAUCGGACUCAGCGGAAACUCGGUCAACCUUUUAGCCACGGGAGUUGUCGGUAUUGUCUUCUUCCUUUCUACCAUUCCCGCGGUCAUGUAUCUGGACAGAUGGGGCCGAAGAAAGACAUUGAUGUAUGGCGCUACUGGAAUGUCCAUCGCGCAGCUGAUCGUAGCUACCUUGUACGCCGUUUACAAAGACACAUUUAGCUCGCAUCCCUCAGCAGGAUGGACUGCCUGUGUGUUUGUGUGGGUGUAUAUUGGCACCUUCGCCUUCUCCAUCGCCUGUGUCAAUUGGAUCAUGCCUUCUGAAAUGUUUCCGCCUGCGAUCCGAGGUAAGGCUGUCGGACUUGCGAUUGCGUUUAACUACCUUUCCAAUUUUAUCGUUGCACUGAUCACUCCGCGUAUGCUUGAGAGCAUUACAUUUGGCACGUUUUACUUUUUCUUGGUGUUCUGUCUUAUUCUGGGAGUUUGGACAUACUUCUGUGUUCCUGAGACAAAAGGGGUACCGAUUGAAGAGAUGGACAAACUAUUUGGUGGAAAUGACGGCGAAGGAGAUUUGCGGAGAAUUGCCGAGAUCCGUGAACAGCUUGGAAUGGGGGGCAGCGGGGUUCUAAAGAGUGAUCUGCUUCAGAAAGAGGAAAGCAGCGAACAUGUUGAAAAUCCCGUUUGA